AUGACUGUGAAUACAUUUAUUUCUCGUAAAGAUUACAAUGAUUAUAAAUUAUGCAUACAAUCAAACAAAGAAAAUAAUAACAGUAAUGAAAAAUGUUCAAAUCAAUUAAAUAAAGCUAUAAAUUCGGCAUCACACAUAAUUUCAAGAGAGUGCUUACCCUACACUGAGGAUUUAUAUAAGUGUUUUAAACAUUCCUUUCGUUUAAGUUUUUGUGAUAAGGAAAUUACGGAAAAAUUGCAAAACUGUCAUUCGGAUAUAUAUAAAUUGAUAACUUCAUAA